AUGAAUAGUAGCAGAAACAGCAAGUUUAGUGAACUUGGAAAAGAUUGUCCAUUAGUACACUGGAGGGAUUCAGUUAAAAAUGUAGUAAACCCAACAACAUCUUGCACCAAGUUACGUAAAGCUCUUCGCGCUGAGUGGGCGAUUCACCUAUGCAAACAUUCGAUGAAAGUUACUGAGGGUCAGCUGCGGAGAGCUGCGAGUGCGUGUUUCGUGCUAAGGCAAGUGCGGAGCACACGGCCCGGUCACUCGGGCCGAUGGCUGCAACAGAAACCUCACGUCAGCACACGCGCCUUUCCCAAACGACACACAGUUGCGACAGUGAAGCUCAACGAGGAAGCCGCAUCGCACAUU